AUUUUGCAUGUGGGAAGACAAAGGUCAAGGUCCAAUUUGGUCCCCAGGUGAGUGACAUUGGGGAGGUCUUGAAUGCGUGACAGAGGCUAAGGCAAGAUGAAACUCUCAAGAUUUUGCAUACCCAACACGUUGACUGUGAAUAUCUUAAGCUUCAACCACCCCCAUUUUAACGUCUUAGAUGAAGAAAGUCUAAAUACACAAGAUUGUUGACACCUUCGUAGUGAAGCGUCACGGAGUAUGAUCCUUUGCAGUAAGGUAUUUGCGUCCCGGCGACACGGACAUGGUUGUUCGGCUAGCUCCAACACAAACCAGCUACUGCUUGUCACAUUCGCCUGGCUAAACACAGACGUGUGGCGAAAAUCACUACAUCACAGUGAAGUGGAGAUUUUAUUUCCCUCUCGAUGGUCAGAAUCGCCUUUAGAGUUUUGAUGGACGAGAGUUAAAAUGGCGGAGCGUUCUCUUGACCAGGGGCCUGUUGAUAACGACGGGGGAGGCAAGACGACAGAGAGGCCGGAAACUAAAGAGGAAGACCAAUCCGUAGACAUAGACGAUGUUUUCAGUCGGCUUCAGGGAUUGGUGCACCGGACCGAGGCUGUGGUUGACAGGCUGUCCAACCUGGAAACAGAUAUGGUUACCAAGGCAACGGAAAUGGUGACCGUAGUAAGGAGACGACAUUACAGUGAUGACGACAUCCCCGACUUGUUCCGAUCUUUAACGAAAGUUAACGAUGAUAGGGAUGGUGGAAGCAGGAGAAACUCCUUACUUCGCACGUAUUCUUUAAACGACGAGGACCUAGUUUCAGUAGACUCGAUCAAGCUGGAGUAUAAGAAGAACAGCUUGGCACCUGAUCCAAACGUUGGGGCUAACCGGACGCAGAUUCAGACAGACUCGGAGAAAAAGUUGUUCUCUCCGGAAAACCCAUGUGUUGAUGACAGGACGAAGGUUCCGCCAACGACGCCCUACCGAGAUAAAGCGGAACUGCAGCUGCAGUCCCGCCUGGACAGGAGAAACAACCGACUGUGGUUCCAAAAUAGGAUGGGUGACGUCAUACUCAUGGAAGAGCACGACAUGCAGGAGGUAUUUGAAACGAAGCUUUAGGCGUCAUAGAACCAUGUGCACAUGUCAUAGACGACGUUAGAAAGAGAUACCAUAAAAAUGGAAUCAUGGCGUAGAAACGCCACAGAUCAUGACGUACAAAAAUUUCCCACAAGUGGUACAGUUUAUAUUCUUCUUCAAGGAUUAGGAAACAAAAUAGUAUCGUGUACAUUGUCAUUCAGUAGCGCAAUGCAAUGUGUAAAUAAUAUAAGUCGUUUCAAAGAGAUGCAAAAUGCAUAAUAAUACACUAACCUUUGUAAUUAAGUUUUGAACGCCAAAUUAACAAGAAGGAUGCAAUACAAAAUGUUUAGAUACAGGGUGUGGGUAUGCGUAGACAAACAUUCAUGAGCUUUGUAUUCGGACAGUUAUAUAAAAUUAUGACAAUGCUCUGAAACACAUUGGUUGUUGGUGUCAUUGUUCUAGUCUAUUUGACUUGAUUUAGGUUAUUAAGAAAAUGGAUAGAUCAAGUCAAUAUGUACUAGACUAGAUGAUUCAUGAAGAUUUAGGUAAGCAUUAAAAAUUGUGCAUUUAACGUUAUCAUUACUCGUGACAUUUUAUAUUCAACCGACACACCCCAUCCGAUUGGUGAGGAAACUUCAGCAACCGUCGAAUUUUGAUUUAUUCCAGACUAAUUAGAUUUACAAGAGAACGUUGUGAUAUACGUUGACCUGAACAUGUUUGCAAACCGUGCGUAACCGCCAAAAUGUCCAGGAAUGCCCUGUGGUAUCGCCAACCAACCGGCCCGACAUGUGGCAAACAUACGAGACUGCACACUUACACUGUCCCGACUUGCGGCACAAGGUCGGAAAGUCGUAAAUUCGAACCGUCUCCACAAAUGUCCUGGCACGUGCGGUCAGUGAACCCUAGAGGACAUAUUUGCUCAACUUAUUGUUUUGUUUUUCUUUAAUGGUACAGGAACUUGGAUUUAUGGAUGAUCUUCACUAUGUCAUUAACUUGAGCCUGUUUCAGGAGAGAGAGAAUAUCGCCUUUCUGAACGAAGGUUUGUUAUUCUAACCACA